AUGUCCAAAAUAUUAUCCACAACACUCCGGAAAAACAACUUGCUCCACUGUUCAAAGGGAGUCGUCAAGUGGCUGAGUAGUUCUAUAAGAAAAAGUACUACUUUGGACAAAGAUUUGGUUAAACGCCUGGAAACUGUGUCACAUGUUGGCUUUUCAAAACAAAGUGGUCUCGAAGUUUUGAGUGCUUCAGUUAAAUUUGCUGAUCGUAUCACUAACAUUGAUACUUCCAAGGUUCCACCGCUCAUUACUAUCUUGGAGAAUUGGUAUGUAAUAUCAUAUUAG